GAUUCCCGGUCUGGACCGGAGGCUCGGAGCGGCCCCGGCGGGGAGGCGCGCCUGUGCGCGGCACUGGCGUCGCGAGUACGCCGCGCGCUCCCGAGGAAGGGAGGUGUAGGCCGGGGUGGGUGGGGGGAGGGCCGGGUGUCGGCGCGCUUGGCGUGCGGGAUCCGAGUGGCUGCGGGCGGCCUGGGCUGCCCGGCCGACGCCUGCUGCGAGAUGGCGAUCUUGGGCAAGGAGGGCUGAGGAGGAGCCGCCGCGGUGGCCGCGGGCCCCGGGAGCUGCAGCUUCGCGCGGGGCUGUCUCCUCACCGGACUAUGAGCGCCUUGACAGAAGAAAUCGUGUCUUACUCCUCCUCGUGUCCUCAGUGUCUGGCACAAUUCCUGAUACACAAGUCAAGGUGAAUUUUGGGACAUGGCCACUGCUUCACCAAGGUCUGACACUAGUGAUCACCACAGUGGAAGGUUACAGUUAAAGGUAACGGUUUCUAGUGCCAAACUAAAAAGAAAAAAGAACUGGUUUGGAACAGCAAUAUAUACUGAAGUCAUUGUAGAUGGAGAAAUUAAAAAAACAGCAAAAUCCAGUAGUUCUUCUAAUCCAAAAUGGGACGAGCAGCUGACUGUAAAUGUGACCCCACAGACCACCUUGGAGUUUCGAGUUUGGAGUCACCACACUUUAAAGGCAGAUGCUCUAUUAGGAAAAGCAACAGUGGACUUGAAACAAGUGCUUUUAACACAUAACAGAAAAUUAGAAAAAGUGAAAGAACAAUUAAAACUUUCUUUGGAAAACAAGAAUGGAAUAGUGCAAACUGGGGAACUGACAGUUGUCCUUGAUGGAUUAGUGAUUGAGCAAGAAACUGUAACACACUGCAGCUCCUCACCACCCAUAGAAAUUCAGCAAAAUGGUGAUGCCUUACAUGAGAAUGUAGACCCUUCAACAAGGACAACUCCCAGGUUGGCUGUUGAAGGUACUAUUGGAAUUGAUAAUCAUGUAUCAACAAAUACUGUUGUUCCCAACUCCUGCUGUUCACAUGUAGUUAAUGGAGAAAACACACCUUCAUCCCCGUCUCAGGUUGCUGCCAGACCCACAAAUGCUCCAGCUCCAAAACCACUCUCAUCUGAGCCCACCAGUGACACGGUUAAUGGAGAAUCAUCAUCUGUCCUAGCUGAUACUACUUCAGCCAUGGGGACUUCACUACCAUCUGAAGACACCACCUCGACUUCCAAUUGCACUAGCACCGCAACGCAAGAGCCUCCUGUACAGGAACCCCCAGCAUCCUCAGAACACAGUGAAUGUAUUCCCUCUGCCAGUGCAGAAGUGGGACCAGAAGCUCGGAGCCUCAUAGACCCUGACUCUGAUUCUAGAAAUAGUUCUGUUUUUGACAAAGUGAGGCAGCCAGAAGGGUGUGUCGAACCUCUGCGGCCACAGUCUGGAAACACCAACACAGAAUCUUUGCCAUCAGGGUGGGAACAGAGAAAAGACCCUCAUGGUAGAACCUAUUAUGUGGAUCAUAAUACUCGAACUACUACAUGGGAAAGACCACAACCUUUGCCUCCAGGUUGGGAAAGAAGAGUUGAUGAUCGUGGAAGAGUUUAUUAUGUGGAUCAUAACACCAGAACAACAACCUGGCAGCGACCUACCAUGGAAUCUGUUCGAAAUUUUGAACAGUGGCAGUCUCAGCGGAAUCAACUACAGGGAGCUAUGCAACAAUUCAACCAACGAUACCUCUAUUCGGCUUCAAUGUUAGCUGCAGAAAAUGACCCAUAUGGACCCUUACCACCAGGCUGGGAAAAAAGAGUGGAUUCGACAGACAGAGUUUACUUUGUGAAUCAUAAUACAAAAACAACCCAGUGGGAAGAUCCAAGAACUCAAGGCUUACCAAAUGAAGAACCCUUGCCAGAAGGCUGGGAAAUUAGGUAUACUCGGGAAGGUGUUAGGUACUUUGUUGAUCAUAACACAAGAACAACAACAUUCAAAGAUCCACGCAAUGGGAAGUCGUCAGUGACUAAAGGUGGUCCACAGAUCGCUUAUGAGCGCAGCUUCAGGUGGAAACUUGCUCACUUCCGUUACUUGUGCCAGUCUAAUGCACUACCCAGUCAUGUAAAGAUCAAUGUGUCCCGACAGACAUUAUUUGAAGAUUCCUUCCAACAGAUUAUGGCAUUAAAACCAUAUGACUUGAGGAGGCGAUUAUAUGUAAUAUUUAGAGGAGAAGAAGGUCUUGAUUAUGGUGGCCUUGCAAGAGAAUGGUUUUUCUUGCUUUCCCAUGAAGUUUUGAACCCAAUGUAUUGCUUAUUUGAGUAUGCAGGCAAGAAUAACUACUGUUUACAGAUAAAUCCAGCAUCAACUAUAAAUCCUGACCAUCUUUCAUACUUCUGUUUUAUUGGUCGCUUUAUUGCAAUGGCACUAUUCCAUGGAAAGUUUAUUGAUACUGGUUUCUCUUUACCAUUCUACAAGCGUAUGCUAAGUAAAAAACUUACUAUUAAGGAUUUGGAAUCUAUUGAUACUGAAUUUUACAACUCUCUAAUCUGGAUAAGAGAUAACAAUAUUGAAGAAUGUGGCUUAGAAAUGUACUUUUCUGUAGACAUGGAGAUUCUGGGAAAAGUUACUUCACAUGAUUUAAAGUUGGGAGGUUCCAAUAUCCUGGUGACGGAAGAAAACAAAGAUGAAUAUAUUGGUUUAAUGACAGAGUGGCGUUUUUCUCGAGGAGUACAAGAACAGACCAAAGCUUUCCUCAAUGGGUUUAAUGAAGUUGUUCCCCUUCAGUGGCUACAGUACUUUGAUGAAAAAGAAUUGGAGGUUAUGCUGUGUGGCAUGCAAGAGGUUGACUUGGCAGACUGGCAGAGAAAUACUGUUUAUCGGCAUUAUACAAGAAACAGCAAGCAAAUUAUCUGGUUUUGGCAGUUUGUGAAAGAGACUGAUAAUGAAGUACGAAUGCGACUCUUGCAGUUUGUCACUGGAACCUGUCGCUUGCCUCUAGGAGGAUUUGCUGAACUCAUGGGAAGUAAUGGGCCUCAAAAGUUUUGUAUUGAAAAAGUUGGCAAAGACACCUGGUUACCAAGAAGCCAUACAUGUUUUAAUCGCUUGGAUCUACCACCAUAUAAGAGUUAUGAACAACUAAAGGAAAAACUUCUUUUUGCAAUAGAAGAGACAGAGGGAUUUGGACAAGAAUGAAUGCGACUUGUCUUGGAGGAGCUCUUUCAUUUAAAUACCCCAGCCAAGAAAAAUUGCACAGAUAGUGUAUAUAAGCUGUUCAUUCUGUACAGUUAAUUUUCUGAACCUCUCAAAGUAUAAAUGUUUUCCGUUCUUCCACAGAAAUAUGCAAAACAUUUCAUCAUUUUCUACUUUAUUUAUUGUUCCCUUUAAAUGACUGACCAGGAAAAAAAAUCAUCCUUAAAUUUUGACGCAAGCAAGAGAAUUUAUUAAAAAGUAUAUAUCUAUAUAACCAUAUAUGACAGUGGCUCUAGUUUUAUAGAGCACCAGGUGUAUUAAACAUGGCAGCCGUUCAUUCACAUUUGCUUUGCCUUGUUUCUGUUAUCAGGGGAAACGUGCAAACGUUCCAUGUUCUUCUCCCUAGGUGACACUGGAUUGUGUUGAGCUGCAUGGCUGUUCAGGAAGGUAUUUCGGGCUUAAGCCAACUCUUACUUUAAUUGAAUUUUUUUAAAUGCUGCUGGCUUUUCUGAAGACAAGUACUUCAACUUAUUAAGUUGUAUUAAAUGAAUAGCUUUUUUAAAAAUCCCAUCAUUGUUAUAUCAGUCAGUACACAGAGAAGUCGUGUAAUAGUUCCAGUAGCAUCAAGGAGCAGCUGGAAUUGAUUGGCUGAACAGCAGAGGUCUAUUUACAUCUUACUUUUGGAUGUUGGGUAUUUGUGAAAGUUUAAAAAAUAUCAGGCAUUUCUAUACUUAACAUUUUUAAACUUGUGAUGAUCUUCAAAUUUAAUUAAUAAUAAAUUGAUAGUUUAAUACUUAGAGAUACAUAAAAGGUACUGAACUUUGCUGCUUCUGUGCUCAAGGUUUACUUUUAUGAAAUCAAAACUGUUAUAAAUGGGUUGAAAAGCUGCAGAAGUAUUUAAACACUCACACUAAGACUUUUUAUUAGUGUUUGAAUGUCCCCACCCCUUCCCUUCAAAAUCAAAAUUGUUUCUAAAUUCAGCAGGUAUAUUAAAAAACCCUUUGUGCCCCCUAUUUUACAUAGAGCAAGUUUUCUCCAAAUAACUCUGAUUUUUUUUUCAUUAUAAGGGCAUUCAUGGUGUAUGAAAAAAAUUAAAAUCUAAUGUGAAUGAUACUGCUACUUUUAGCAAACUGGGCUUCCUAAUUAAUAUAAAACAUUAAUUUCCAUUUUUAUCCUUUCAAUAUGCACUGCAAAGUUCAUUAACUUAAAUUUUUGUAACUAUGAAGUUCACUUAGAAUUCCUUUUCUCCACUAGUUUAGUUUUGCUAAGAUUUUAUUUUUCUACUUUAGAUUAUGUUCUUCCGUUUUAUUCAGAAUUCAGAAAUAAAAGCAGUAGUCUACUUAGUUGAAUAAACUAUAGAAAAAUCUGGUUAUUCUCAAGCUUAUAGGUUUUUUUAAAUUCUAAUAUAUGACACGUUAUAUAGUAAAUGAUGGCCAGUGUUAAAAAGUCCUGCAUAAAUUAUUCUGUAAAAUAAUAAACUUGCUAUAACAGAAAGUAUUGGCUUCCAUUCAGUGGAGGUAUUUGAGACCGUCCCUUUGUAGAUAUGGUUCAAGGUGGCUUGCAGGUACGAUUGCAGGGAGCUAGUCCCUUUUGUUAAGUUACCUCACGUGAGUAUCAGAACCCACAGGAUCAAACCAGCCUUCUGGGGAAGACUAGUUUGUAGACCUCAUCAGACUCUUGUAUGUUUCAUACCAGUUAUAGAUUUCAGACCUAGAGACUUGUUUAUCUACUCAGUAGUCAACAUAAAGUCUUAAAAGAGAUGUGAUUCACUUCCUGCUGUCUCUCCUUCCCAUCCAUCUUCUGAACUGUACCCUCCCCUCCACACCUGGCUCACUGAAUGUAGUCAGAGAAAGUAGGAAGUGAGGAGGACCAAGAGUCAGGUUAAUAAAGAUGCUUUAUUAUAGUGACAGCUUCCAACAUCACCAAUAAGUUGAACUUAGGGAAUGGAUAAUUGGCUUAAAACAGUUUUACCAAAGAGUUUCACCUGUCUUUGGGAAAGAAGCUACUGUUUAUCGUCUGUAUUGUUUUUCUGUACUUUCUAGGCAGUUGAAAAUGAAAAUGUUACUCUUUUCUCCAGCUGACUUCAAUUAUCCCCCUAGUUCCAGGUGUUCUAAAUUAGGUGUUGUAUAUCCACUCCAUCAACAGACAACCUUGCUUGUGUUUGGGGUUCAAAAAGACCCUAACUAGUAAGCCACUUCUGAACUGAGAAAGCUCCUGAUAUAUAGGAGGGAGCUGUAACUGGGUUUCCAUAAUUUGAAAAGUCUUACUAUUGCAUGCCCAAACUGUCACUUUAGGAGACACAUGGUUUGUGGGAAACCAUGUGAUGUUCCUGCUACAUUACUAUUAUAUGUUCAUUUUCUCAAAGGAGGCCUAACCUUGCACUGGUGGCUAGUCAUGGUUCCUGCCCUACAGUAUUCUGAGUAAAAUGAUCCCAGACAAAUGUAGUUUACUGCAGGUUUACUGGAUCUUAACACUUAACUAAACAUAACAUAAUCUGUUGAACACAGAAAUCAAGUUUAAAGUCCACUGGGAAUUCGACACCAAUCUAAUGUGCUAUUUCCUAAAUUCUAAAAGUUCUACUCCAAAAUUCAAAAGAAUGCAAUUAAAAUGGUGGUAUUUGUUUUUAGUACUAAUUCUGUGUGUUUUUCAUGAACAAUUCUCUUGGUCCUUGUGAGUAACGUAGUUAAUCUUGUUUUCAUCAUGCUUUUUAAGAAACAAGACAAGUCUUGCUAAGCCAUGUUGUGUUGUAGCAUCCAUUGCUUGUUGGUAGGCCACACUCUCAAGAAGUGACAAAGGUUCAGUGCUGAACAUGAGGGGAAAGAGGGAAACCAAAUAAGCAAAAGGAGCCCCCAGCCUUCUCCUGGUGUUCUCAGAGGCCUGGGUUCCCCAUCCACUGCACUAAUAAUAAACCCGAAUUCAGGUAUCACAUAUCCUCAAAGACAGCAGACACUCCUAAGGAGAGGAAAUCACCCAUUGCCUGUGUCUGUAGUAUGUUGACCUACUUUUUCCUCUCAAGUAAUCUGCCUUCUACUUUGAUGUCUUUUUUUUUUUUUAAAAAAAAUUGAAUCCACAUGCAGUAUCCAUCUGAUCUUAUAAUGUCUUAACAAGAUCAUCUUCAAUUCCAUCCUUUGACUGCAAAUGAGGUAAUUUCACUUUUUAUGACUGAAUAAAACUGAUUUGUGAAUAUAUAAAUUUUGUUUCUCCACUUGGUGGAUGUCUACAUUGAUUCCAUAACUUGUUUGUAAACAAUGCCACAAUAAAUAUCAAUGUAAAAUGCCUUUAUUUUUAGUAGCCACAAAUUUAAAAAAAAAAACUAAAUACCUUCAACAGAUGCAUAAAGUGGUAUAUUCGUGCAAUAAAAUAUUAAUACUAAAAGGAAAAACUUGCUUGAACUUAGUUAUUAGAAGAUCUGGCUAAGUGAAAAGGCACAAUCUCAGAAGGUCAUAUUCUAUAAGAUUACAUUUGACUAAGAGUUUUAAAAUGACAAAUAUAUAGUAGAUUAGUUAUAGUGUGUGUCUGGAAUGUGAGAGGGAUUGAAAAUUGCUAGGAUUGAAAAUUGCUAGGUAUGAUUAUAAAGAGCACUAAGUCUCUGAAAUGAAACAAAUCUGUAUAUUGCUUGUGGUGGUAAUUAUAAUAAUCUAUAAAAUAAUGCUUCUAAGAGCUAGACAUAAAGUGAAGACAUCCAAAAGUCCUACAGUCUGAAUUAAGGUCUCUAGAUCAUAUCAGUAUGUUUCUUAGUUUGGCGUUAUACCUUAGUUUGAUGUCACCCUAGGGCAAAGAGGAAGAUGGGUAUUUAGAACCCGCUUGUACUACAUUAUCUAAUUUAUUGUGUCUUAAUUAAUUUAAAAUAAAGUUCUAUAAAGUAUCAAAAGAUAGAUUUCCCCAUUCACAAAAGUAUAUGUUACUGGAAAAAUACCUCAUUUCACAAAAAUAAUUUCAGAGAAAUAAUUUUUUGUUUGAGUGCUAAUAAUCCAGAACUUUGUGCUAGUAACAAAAAUUGUACUAGAAAAGCCAUUCAAACAAAUAAAUCCACAGGAGCAACUGGCAUAUUCAUCUGGUAAAGCCCUAAUGUUCACAUAAUACUAAUACAAAUUAGAUACACUAGAUAUGAAAAGUAGCUCAAGUUCAUAACUAGACAAUGAAGAUAUGAAGUGGCUGUUGACAAUAGUUAGGAGGGGAAAAUGAAGAGAAAAAACCUAAAAAAAAAAUGAAGACAGUUAUCACACUUUUAAGCAAUCAAACUACCUAAAGCAAAACACAGUAUAACAAAAUGGAAGUGAACUUGGCAAAUGAAGCAAGAGUUCAUUUCAAAGUCAUGAAGAUGAAAGCCAAAGACUGAAUUUAAUUAACUGGAGUACCAGAAGACAAGAUGGAACCUAAUUCUCAGAGGUUGAUCUGGACUGAAGGACAGUUGAUAAACAAUUACACAUGCCUCUCAAAAAAAGUCUUGUAAGAAUUGGGGAGAGAUUUUCUGUAUUUAAACCAACUGUGCUGCAGAUCAAAUUCUGGUCUCCAAAAUUUGGAUUUGGGGACAGUUAAGGAAAUCUGAGUAUGUUUUGUUUGGAGGUGAUGUGGUAGAUAUGAUAAUAUAUUUUUUUUUUAUUUGAAAGUUGUACUUAUUUUGAAAAGCAGCUGAGUUUCUUAAGGAUAUGAUAAAAUCUGCAAUUUCAAAGGUUUAAAGAUACAUUAUGUGUGAAUAGAUAUACACAUAUAAAAAUGACAUAAAAUAUUAAUACCUUAAAUCCAAGUACGGGAUGUACUUCCGAUGUUUAUAUCUUAAAGUUUACAUGGUAAAACAGGAACAGCACCCACCUAAACAUUUUGCUGUAAUUUAUUAAAAAUUACAAUUCUCAUGUCUUUUGGGGAAAAAUAUACUCCCAUAUGCAGUCUAAUAUUCAUUCAGCUCUAGUUUUUGUAAAAAGUAAGUUUACAGUGGUAGGACAUCAGACUCAAGUUUUCAUACUCUGCCUAGUAAAUGUCUAUUUCCUUUAACCCUGAAAUCUGUGUCCCUCCAUUCCACAUAGGAUUACAAUUUGUCAGGAGACAAAUUCAACCCAUCUAUGGAAGUAUACCACAUUUUAAAGAAAGUGCUCCACAGAAUUUUUCCUAUUUACAUUGCCUCUAAGACAUGCAUCACUUAUGCCAGGAACUUAUCUUUAUGCCAGGAACCCUCACAUCAUAAACACCUUACUUCUUUAAGAUAGCACUUCAUUCGAUUGCAACAUGAAAACCAUUCCCUCUUGUGCCACCUGUUCACAAAGCCUUUUGAAAACAUUUCAUCCUGAAGUGAUCAAUACUUACAUAUCCCAUGCCAUUUGUUUUCCCUCUUGGUGUUCCAAAUGUCUGUCUGAACCAAGGAAAUGUAUUGCUGCCACUCUUAGGGCAUAGUGUGGCAGUUUCUUAGUAACUUGUGAAGAAACCCAGAAUUUUUCACAUUUAUUAUUUAAAAUGGUCCCACAUAAAAGAACUGAGAAAAAAAGACAUACAGUCAUUAUGAUGGUUAAUGUAUCAUGUUUAUAAAUCAGUGAAAUACAAAGUAUUAGGUAUUUUGUUGCCUUCUCCAAAAUGUUUUCAGUUCUUGUCACAAACCUGUAAGCAACUGGGCAGCUUCUGUCUGUAUCUAAAGUGGAAAACACACAUUACAUAUAAAUGGUGUAGCCUAAUUUAUAAAGCUUAAGUUUACAAAGUAGUUUCUGGGAGUUUCAAGAUGACAAAGAUAGGACAUGGUGAGAAUAAGGUCUCCUGAUAGUGAUGAUUAGAUGAGAUUCUAAGAGAACUCUAGUUCAUUUCCUUAACCCUCCACACCCCGCCCCCAA